CGCUUCCGACCUUUUCCAAGAUGGCGCCGGCGGAAGGGACUGGGUACCGCCGAGAGGGGAUGGCAGCGUCGAGGCUGGAGCUGAACCUGGUGCGGCUGCUCUGCCGCUGCGAAACGAUGGCAGCGGAGAAGCGGGACCCGGACGAGUGGCGUCUGGAAAAGUACGUGGGAGCUCUCGAGGACAUGCUGCAGGCCCUGAAAACCCAGGCAAGCAAACCGGCCUCCGAGGUGAUCAAUGAAUAUUCCCGCAAGGUAGAUUUCCUGAAGGGGAUGCUGCAGGCAGAGAAGCUGACCUCCUCCUCAGAGAAAGCACUAGCCAACCAGUUCCUGGCCCCUGGCCGUGUACCAACCACAGCCAAGGAGCGGGUACCCGCCACGAAGACAGUGCAUCUGCAGUCCCGGGCACGAUACACCAGCGAAAUGCGGAGUGAGCUUCUAGGCACGGACUCUGCUGGAGAGCCCGAGCUGGAUGUGAGGAAGAGAACUGGGGUGGCAGGGCCCAGGCCAGGAGAUGAGAAACAGUCAGCAGCCGAACUAGACCUCGUCCUGCAGCGACAUCAGAACCUCCAGGAGAAGCUGGCAGAGGAGAUGCUAGGCCUGGCCCGGAGCCUCAAGACCAACACACUGGCCGCCCAGAGCGUCAUUAAGAAGGACAACCAGACCCUGUCGCACUCACUCAAGAUGGCUGACCAGAACCUGGAGAAGCUGAAGACAGAGUCGGAGCGGCUGGAGCAACACACGCAAAAGUCGGUCAACUGGCUGCUCUGGGCCAUGCUUGUUAUCGUCUGCUUCAUCUUCAUCAGCAUGGUCCUCUUCAUCCGCAUCAUGCCCAAACUCAAAUAAAGACCUGUGCUGGCCCCCCGCA